UAUUGACAAAUUGAAAUAUACGUGUGUCGUUUGUCGUGGGCAUGUUAAAUCUGUAUAUACCUGUAUUAAACACUGACAUAUUCAAGUCGGCGUGAAAGAUCACUUAAUAUUUAACAUGCUACGAUAAAUAAAUACGGUUGAUGAUGGAGUUAUAAUUAAAGUUAAAGAGGAAUAUGUGAGUUAAAUAAACUUAAACUUGCCGUGGAUUUUAUCUAUUGUGACAUCCUAUUUAGCUCAACUGUCACUAACAUAAACGUGGUUUCGUAAAAUCAGCUUCACGGAAUUAAUGUGUACAUCGAAAUGUGAAUUAUGCGGUGGAUAAAAAAUCGAACUGAUACUCAUGCCGCGAAAAAGUCCUCUGUUUUGCCCACUUAGUAUGAAGAACAAUUCACAAAGUGCAAGAAACCAUCAUGGGGUGUCACAUUCUUGGAGAUUUACACUUUUUGUGCUCGGAUUAUUAUUAUGUUUUUUCGCUCCGGACUAUGUGGAAGCGGUGUUUACACCGCCUGCCGGUUGCACCAGCUCAACAUGGAUUUACCAAAACAACAAAGUGCAGAACAUCUCCUGUAGGGGUCAGAACCUACUAUCAGUGCCAACAGACGCCAAAGAAGGCAGCGAUGUUAUUAGGCUUGAUCUUGCAGACAACCUAAUUUCAAACCUGUCAAACAAUGAAUUUCAGUAUUUUACCAACUUAUUAGAUUUAGAUUUAUCGAAUAACAAGAUUUCUGUUUUUGAUCUUGACACUUUCACCAACUUGACGAACCUCCAGUUUUUGAACUUGGCGGGGAACAAUCUUAGUACUUUACCCUCAGGAACUUUCACAUCCAUCUCUGUUACAACAUUAGAUCUUAGCUCCAUAAAUCUACAAAGUGUUGACAGAGAUCAUUUCAAAAAUCUUGUAAACCUUGAAGAACUUUACCUGUCACACAACAAUUUGAGUAUAUUGGAGCAGCAUUUGUUUAAAGAUCUCCAGUCUCUAAGACUGAUAGAUCUAAGUCACAAUGUUAUUACAUAUGUGGACAAGGACUUUCUGAAUGAUGCGAAUUCCUUGACCAAUCUGGAUCUGAGUAACAACAGAAUAGCUUCCUUAGACAAAUCAACUUUCAAUGACCUUAAAUAUCUAGAAAUAUUGUAUUUGAAUGACAAUUUGUUGACAUCAUUGGAUACAGAUAUAUUCAAGGAACUUACAUCACUAACAACAUUACAUUUAACUACAAAUCUGCUGACUACACUAAACAGGGAUGUGUUUAAGGAAUUGGAUUCACUCACUUCUUUAUAUCUAGGCAACAAUGCACAAACAACAGUUCACAAAGAUUUGUUUCAACACAAUUCAAAUUUGCAAGACCUGUCUCUUAGUGCCAACCAAUUAUCAACAAUUCCAACAGAUAUUUUUGAUCAUCAGACAACAUUUCAAGUGGAUUUGUCAGGGAAUCCUUUCAUAUGUAGCUGUGAUAUUCGGGACUUCCUGUUUUCUCUAAAAUAUUCCACAAGUAUCUCACUGAUAGAUGAAGGUGCUAUUCUAUGUACCGAUGCUUCCUUACAACAGCAUAUCAACUUAGACUAUGAUAACGCCAACUGCUCUGGAAAUCUUGGUGCAGCCUGCACAGUUACUUACGAUUGUAAAGUGCGUAACGCACAGUGUAGUAACUCAAAAUGUAUCUGUCCGGCCAAUUUCUACGACACAAAUUUAAAUACAACAAACGGUGGACUAUGUUAUGCAAAGGUAGAUUUAGAUCAUGAGUGUCCCGGGAUGGAUACCGCAUGUAUGGGCUCUCAUGUAGAAUGUGCCGUCAAAAGUCCGUCUUCUGCCAACACAUAUUGUCUGUGUGAAUCUGCAUAUUAUGAUGAUAAUCCGCAGUAUGUGGGCGGUACAUGUAGGCUCAAGGUUGAACUAGGACAGCCAUGUACAAGUAUAAACAACAUGUGUCGGCCAGAUUACUCAUUGUGCGGAACAAGUGACACUUGUGAGUGUCAGACUGGUUACUAUGACAACGAUGGUACAUUAAACAUUGGUGGAGAUUGUCUUCAAGUACUUGCCCUGUACUCUAGUUGUAACCAGAGUUACCAGUGCGGCCCUGCCAACUCCGAGUGUACAAACAGUGCUUGUUCAUGCAUGCCUGGUUACUAUGAUUUCACCAAUAUAGGUCAAUGCAAAGCUGAUAAUGGCCGCCACAAAAGGGAUUCUCAUGUGUUGAAAACUUACUGUAAAAAUCACGGUAUCGCACUGCAUAAUUGUCGACCAAGUGGAUUUUACUCAUGUUAUCCGGAUAACACCUCCAGUGUGGAAGUUGUGUUUGACAAAGUAAACAUUGUUAGCACGGAGGAAGAAUGCAAGAAUUACUGUUUUGUGGAGAAUGUGAGAUAUUACCUUGUAGAAGGAUCAAACAUUUGUAUUUGCGGGAAUACAACUACAUCCAAGUCAUGCUGUCCAAAAAUAAGCGAUCAAUGUUCAUCAAGGUCAUAUCUUGGGCCGAUAACAACACUUGCUGAAGCAGGCAUCAGAAUGUCCCAUAUUCCGCGCCUUGUUGAAGGAAAAUCUCACGAAGUAUCGGUAACAACUUCCUUAACAGCAAUCGAUCAGAUCAAUUUAAGGUUUGGUGACUCCCAGACAAUAAAAACAGUGAAUGCAUCAAGUGUUACCACCCAGCAUACAUACACACAUUCCGGCUUGUUCUGGUUAACGGUCAGUGCGUGUGCCGCGACUAGAAACGUUUGUGAGGAUGCUUCGUUACCUAUUCGUGUACAAGUACCAGCAGUAAAUCUCACAACCUAUAUGACAGCCAUUACACUGGCAGAUGUCUCCAGCAACUUGAGUAGCAGUUUUAGCGCAACUUUCUCCAUGGGUUAUGAUAUAGAUUACAGGUGGUCAAAGACAUAUGGUGGCACAGUUACAAAACGGAAGAGUUGUAAGCCAGGCUGGACACAACACAGAAACAAGUGUAUCAAACUCAUGACCUCUCCAACAUCAUACAGUACUGCAAAGACAACAUGUGCUGCAGACGGCUCACUUUUGAAGAUCAGCUUUAUGCAGGAAUUAACAGAGAUUGUUACUGCACUCAGUGCAAGUUCAGAAACUCUGUUAAUUGGUGCUGAGAGAGCAGGUGGAGUAUGGCAAUGGUCAGAUGGCUCUAAAACUGUUUUCUUUGAUGAUGAUCUGGUCAGCUCAACAAACGGAGAUUGUGUCGCGUUAGUCGGAAGUUCUAGUACACUGACCAGCAUUUCCUGCACUACGUCAACCAAAUAUGUCUGUAUGUCAGAUCCUGUAGAUUGUCCUAAAGGUGGAGAUCUAUUGAGUAAUGACUAUUGUUAUGUACUUGCUAGUACAGAAUCAGUCUCCGCUAAAAAUUGGAACGCUGCUAAUCAAUAUUGCGCAAGUUAUUUUGGCGGCUGGUUGACUAAUGUCACAGACGCAGCCGUGCAAUCCAAAGUGACAUCUCUGCUCACAAGCCACAGUGUGAGUGAGGCUUGGAUUGGAUUGUCAGAUCAACAGGUAGAGGGUUCGUAUCUCUGGGGAGAUUUUUCAUCAUUUGAUUUCAAUUCUGCCUCGUACCUGCCAACGGUGACCUCAAAUAGUGGUGACUGUUUUGUUGCAACAAGUGCUAACACCUGGAACUCCCAGGACUGUACUAACAUCCGGGACUUUGUGUGUCAGUAUUCAGAACGAAUUGAGAGAUUAACAGUGCCAAGCUUCGUAUCCGGGACUGCAGACCUUGAUAUAACUCCCGGCCAGGAUAUACAACAAGCUGUAGCUGCCAGCACCUUCCCAUCUGCUGCUACUUCCUCUCUGGAAAUUCUCAUCUUUCCAGGCCUACCUUUUGCAAGAUCUGGAACUAUCAGGCAGGUGAAUUUCCGGUCAGUUAAUGUGGUGUCAGGAAACUAUGAUGUUUCUUUCCAAAUAUACCGACCAUCGUGCACCACCGGAUAUCUUUACCAAGCAGGCUGUGUGCCUACCAUGUUCUCAAGUUGUGUUGCUGGAACUUACUCAUGUACGCCGAACACAGGCUGUUCAGACUCGGAAUAUUUCUGUCUACUCAGCAACUCUUGUGUAUUCAAGAAUGAAUCAUGCACAUGUAAUUCUGUAUCAGUACCAACAACAACUUCUGGCUGUGGUAGCCCAGGUAGUGUAUCAAACUAUGAACUUAUAACUCAGUUGUCGGUGACAUUUUCCAACACCGGUGAAAGAUGGUACGGUGUGACCGGAGAACUAGCUGUUCAGGAAGGUGACAUUAUUGGUUUACAGUAUCCUACUGGGAAAAAUAUUGUCAAUUGUGAGAAUCGUCCAUCAAGCUUAGAUCAGCAGAAGGUUAUGAAAGGGACUACAAGUAACUGGCUUGUGAAAAAGGACUCUUUUCCAGCCACCGCCACAACUGAAGAUUUGACAUGUGACAUGCAGUUUGUUUAUACCCAGGAUUUAGCGAAGAAUUUACCAAACAAUCUAGGGUACAUGGAUACAGUGGGCAACUAUCAACUGGCAAUUUCAAUUAUCGAAACAGAGACGAAAACUGUGUCAAUUUCUUUAGAAGAAUCAGUAGCAGAUGUUGAACUGGUUUACCCAGUUCUUGGUUUAACAAACACAAGUUUGACCUCACUUGGAGCUGUGUACACUGAAUGGAAUGUUGCCUACCAUUUUACAAUUGCUGCAGGAAGGGGAACCAACCUGUCUCUCAAAUGUGCUCUUCUUACUGGUCAGACCUUUACAUUUACCAGUUCAUGCCACUCCAGUGUUUCAUCCGAGGUUGGUGACAACUGUAACUCCUCAAUGUGGUGGUCAGACACACCUUUUGCAACAUUCACUUACAACACAUCAGCAGUGGGAACAAUCAGCACAACCAUUGAAGUAAGCAACAGUCUCAGUGCUCAAUCUUAUACCUUGUACAUCAUAACAGAGAAACGAAUCACAGGAGUCGUAUUCAGUCUCAAAACACCAAGCCGUUUGCCAAAUUGUAUACGUAAAGGUACAACGGCUCAAUUUGACCUGGAAAAUACUGAGGGUACAAAUCCUAGUUAUUCAUUUAAAGUAGCAGGUGUUUCAGCGGCCUCAAGAAAUGCGUCUUUAUUUUAUUCAUUUCCAACAAUUGGUACAUUUACGGUUGCUGGGACAAUAUCUAACAAUCUUGACUCUCAAACAAAGUCAAUCAAUGUAUCUGUUAAACAAGAAGCAAGCUUCACAAACUGUAAAUUACUUGACACUCCAUAUAUUGCAGCGGUAGGAAUCAGUUUUGAUUUAAAGCUUCAGUGCGAAUGCUCAAUUGGAUCAGAAGUGAAUACACAUUGGAUGUUUAGUGACAGCACUGCCAACAUUACUACUGCUGAUGUUACUGUUAGUUCAUCACCAAAGUCAUGGACACAGGCUGUUACUUUCAGUUCAGUCUCUACAGUAGAUUUAGCUGUAUAUGCAAUGGAUGCUUUCCAAGCUGUACUUGUGAAUGGCUCAGUGAAUGUUUACAAUGCAAUACCUACAAUAACAGUAACAGCAAACAGUUCAAAUGUUUUUCUUAACACAGUAGUAGAAAUAACUGUUAAUGUUCCAACAAGCCCAGGAAAUUACUACAACAUCAACUACAGUUAUGAUUUUGGAGAUGGCAGUACUAAGACAAGCGCAUCUAGUGUAGUUACCCAUUCUUUCACCACAGGUAAUAAUUACACGGUGAGUGUUACAGCAAGUAAUGGACCAAGCAGCCAGACUGCUUCUAUGAAUAUUGUGGUUUAUGAAGCUGUUACAGUCACUGCAUUAACAAAUGAUGGACCAAAACAAACGGGAAAUCCCAUCACAUUUACAGCUUCUGUUUCUUCUGGAAAUUUCUUGUCAUACAGGUAUGUUUCUUCUAACUCAGCCUUCGAUGUGACCAGAUCCACUGGAACGUAUACACAUACCUUUGCCUCAGCUGGUAACUAUAGUGUUACAGUAACUGUUUCCAACAUGCUCAGUACCCAGAGUGUAUCAACACAAGCAUAUGUUAUGAAUGCUGGAGAUCUUAUUAUAUCAGGAUUUAAGAUUGAUGGAAAUGAUGUUUCAGGCUGCUAUGAAUCAACUAUAGGACGGAGUUACAAAGUGGACCUUAUUCACUACAGUGUUGCAACCAUAGUCUGUGACUGGAACUUUGGGGACGGUCAAACUUAUACCGGCACAACUUGUCAUAAAACUCAUGCUUUUACAACUGCAUCAAACUUUACUAUAACUGUUACUGCAAAGUACCACCUACACAGUGCUACAGAAACUCUUAGUCAACAAGUUUGCAUACAAGAAAGAAUUACUACUCCAACAAUGUCAAUAGAAUCUACCGUUACUCUCCCUUCAUCAGGAUCAGUCAAGAGAAAUGUCACUGUAGCCGUGGCAACAGGAUCACCUUUGACGUAUGCUUGGUUGACAAAUGCAACAGGUACUACAUCCACAGACGCAAUCCUUCCCGUUGAAUUUACUUCAGAAGGGACAUAUUACUUUACAGUUACAGUGUCAAAUAAUGUCAACUCAGAAACAGUGACAAAGUCUGUCACUGUUAUAGAAGAAUUAAGUGGAGUAACUAUUGUCUGCUCAUCAUGUCUCGAAAUAUCAGGCGAAUACUACAUACAAAAUAAUGUAGCGACAGAAUUCAAAGUAACAACAACAACAGGAAGUGGAUCAUUUGCCUGGGAUUUUGGUGAUUCUACAACUGGUACAGGAAUUUCAAAUUUUCACACAUACACUUCUAUCGACACAUAUAACGUAACUGUCACAGCGAGCAGCAUGGUCACAACGGCUGUAACACAAUACAUCACAGUUCAUGUAGAAGCUGCUAUUACAUCAGUUACUAUGCAAAAUAGACUUUACGACUGGCUGACUAAUAAACGUGAUUCAUCUGUUAAAGAUUUAAAUAUUUUGAAUACUGGGAGAUUUGAUGCAACAGUAACACCAGCUGGAAUGGAUUUGGAUUACAUUUGGAAAUGUGAAUCAGGCACUAUCGAGGAAACUACUCAAGUAAAUGAAUGGGAUCACAAAUUCCCAACAAAAGGCUCAAAAUCUUGUACUGUUACUGUAAAAAACUCCCUUGGUAACAUGACCUCAUCAGCAUUUACAUUUUUUGUAGUUGAAAAAUUGCUAGGGUCUAGCCUACAAGUAACAGAAAAUGGGAACGCGUUGACUGGCACAAAUGAGACUCAUACAUACAAGGCAAAAUUAAAUGAAGUGAUCACAUUUACAGUAACAUCGUCACAAAUUGUUCCAAACACAGUGGAAUAUUUCUUACGUCUUAAAAAGAAAAGUACAGGUUCAUCUAUCUAUGCUUUACAGAACUCAACUAUUGAUAAAGAUGAUCCGACACUUUCUUACAGACUUGAUGAGAAUGCUUUAUACCAGCUCGAGGCAAUUGUUACAAACAGUUUGGGGCCGGUGUCUAUCACAGUGUAUGUGGAAGUUGUGGAAGCAGUAUCAGGACCCUACAUUAACCCUGCACCAGGCAAAGAUGGAAAUAUUACACUAGGUAGCAGCAUUACAUUAACAGGGGGUGCAACUAAUGGUGAAUACAAGGAGUUUAACUGGUUGUAUGCAUCAGCACCAAGUGGACAGGUAUUACCUACAACAACAACAUCAGACAUAGUGAUAACACCUUCAGUGGUAGGCUUGUAUAUUGUGACAUUGGAAGUUUCUAACGCUGUUUCAGGUCCUAUCAGUGUAAACUACACAAUAAAUGUAAUGAUAGGUGUAUCGGGAGUACAGAUAUCUGUUACAAUGCCUUACACUAAUGCUGUGAGAGUAUAUACCAGUCUAACAUUUACUGCACAGAUUGCAGCUGGAACCAGUCCCUCCUACAGUUGGAACGCUCUUGUCUCAGGGACAACAAAUAGUACAGGAACUGCUCAAACGUUUGUUUACCAAUUUAUGUCUCAGGCACUUUAUAACAUUACACUAUUUGCAGAAAAUUAUGCAAGUAGCGGAACUGCUUACAAAGAAAUAUAUUCUCUAUAUGAUGUUCCAACAUUUACCCUGUCAAUGAGUGGCGCUUCAUAUAUUACAAGCAUUAGUAAACAUGCUGCGCCAUCUAAUACUAUUAUAACUUUCUCCAGCAGUAUAACAAACACAGAAUACAUGCAGUUUAACUGGAAUAUUGGGGGAACAUCUGUGGCAGCAACUGAAACUUUGCAGAAAAACUUUACUAGUGCUGCAGAAUACACUGUUCAGUUAACUGCAAGUAAUCUAAUCAGUAAUGAGAACAGCCAGAUAAGUAUUCUCGUACAGGACAGUAUUUCUGAUUUUGACGUGCAGAAUUGUAUAGGAACAUACAUGAUGAAUACUGUUAUAACUCUUACAUCGUCAUAUAAAGGGACUGAUAUUUCUGUAGAUUGGACUCGUCAAGGAUUGGCGAGCGUAACAAGUGCUGCUACGACUGUCCAGUAUUCAACUGUUGGGAUUUACAGCGUGAAUGUAACAGGAAGAAACUAUGUGAGUCAGGAGACAAAGAACUGCUGGAUAUCUAUCCAAGGUCCUAUUGGUAACUUGAAUUUACAGGCAUCAGUUUACAAGUAUGUGGGGUAUCCUAUUACAUUUAACGUUAGCGGCGACUACAUCAAUCCUGCAAUUUUCACCUGGGUGUUUUCCCAUGGAGUUAACAUGACAACAAGUAAUAGUCCAACGCUCGACCUCUCAUUUACAACUAGUGGAAAUUAUACAUUAACAGUGAUUGUUGCAAAUGAUGUGAGUAGCUCCAGAAAGAGUAUAAGCUUUCAGGUAAAAGAUCUCGGUUGUAGUGCACCAACAGUGACAGUGGUUGGCAGUACAGAUAAACGAUCACCAAGGGCUCGUGAAGUGGAAAUAUCAGUUGACGUAUCAACAGGGGGUUGUUCUAGUUACUCAUCAUCCAAUAGCUGGAAAGUUUAUUCCGCAUCCUCCUGUGUAGCCUCGCUUCAGAAUGAGUACACUCUUCCAAGUACAAUUAAAACAGACUUACCAAGCAUUGUGUUGCUUAGCAACACACUUAACUACGGAACAUAUUGUGUGGUAUUCCAGCAUACAUAUGAAAACACUCCUGUUGAGGCAUUCAAAUACUUUAAUUUGACAAUAGUCCCGUCUGAUUUAGUGUCUGUUCUGAGCGGAGGACAUAAAGUUGGUGUGAGGGUUGCUUCAACUUUAUCUCUCGAUGCAAGCCAGUCUUAUGAUCCAGAUAACGUUCCUGCGACAACUCUAAAUUUUGCAUGGUCCUGUACACAAACAAUGGGAUCGUCAGCAGCUGCAGCUGUCUGUAAUGGUAUAAGUGCAAUAACAAAUGCAUCUACAAUCUUGACUGGUUUGACCUUGACAGUUAAUGAUGUGUAUGUUGUCACAGUAACAGUGUCAGCUACAGGCAGAAUAGCCAGUUCCUUCACACAAACUAUUACUAUAUUGAGCAACACAGCACCUGUAAUAAGUAUUAACUGUGUGUCAUGCCAAGCCAAUGGACAUUACUUCCUGACAAGAAGCCGCAGUGUCUCAUUUGAAGGUGCUUGCAUUGGCUGUAAUACAGCAAGUCUUCAGUGGACAGUGAAAGAGAAUUCAACUGGUACAGCUGAUACAAUUGACAGCACUAAAACAACAACAGACACUAAUCAGAUGAACUUUGUCCUUCUUAGCGGUGUCAUACAAGAUAAUAAGGCUUAUGUUUUUAAAUUAGAGGCCACUGUUGGAAGUGAAACUGGGCAGGCUGAGAUUGUUCUUGCACCAAGCUCAAAGCCUUCUGGAGGAAUAUGCACACUUAGUCCGUCGGCAGGUGUUGUUGCAUUGACAGACACGGCGACUUACUCCUGCAGUAAUGUGGUAGACUCGGAUUCAUUAUCGGCUAUAUACUACAAAGUUACAGUUAGAUCAACUACAUCGUACAAGACCCCAUACAUUGCUUAUUAUGGUUCAAAAUCUGUCAACAGUAUUUUUGUGGUACCUUUCCCAGGAACCAAUUACAGCAGUGUACAAAUAGAGAUCUCUGCCGUAAACUUCUAUAGAGCUGAAACUGUCUUAUAUACCAGAACUGUAUCGUUUGUUGCACCAACCUUAUCAAGUAGUCAGGCUCACAAGACAGACUAUAUAGUGGAUCAGAUGUUAUCCAAUAUGAAGACCAUUGUGAGGCAGAAUAACCCUCCACUUCUACUCCAGUACUGUAUGUCCGUGCUCAGUUACCUCAACGAUCAGUCAGAGAAUAACGUCGGAACUCUAGCUCAACGAAUGGCUAUCCGUGAUGUUAUUAUGAACUCCCUAAGUGGUCUCCCCUUAACUUCCAUAUACAACAUUCAGCAGAUGGCAACAGCUAUAGAAUAUCUUGUUGAACAUACAGAGGAGGUCUCUUUGGCCACACUUUCAUCUGCUCUAAGUGAAAUUGAGGCGAUGACAGAACUUCUAGAAUCUACAGUAAGCAGGGGAGACGAUCAGCGAGACUAUGACUCUAACACUUUGAUUAAAGCAAAUGCCAACAUGCAACAGGCAUUAAAAUCUCUUUCAACAGUCACAAGUGACAGUGCUACUCUUGCCAAAUUUGGCAGUCUUUCUGACUACGUUCUGCAGGUCAGUUCUAGUGUACAAACCACCUCGUACUCCAGUGAUGAAGCCCAGACACAAGCAUUAAUCAUUAAGAGCAUGAAGUCAAGCACACAACUGUUGAUAUUGCCUCUCCUUGCACAGGUCGCUGAUGAGAACCCAAUACAGAAAGUAACAACUGAUUACGAAGUCAUGGCUCGACACGUUUCCACGGACAAGAUUACGCAAAAUCACAACAGCAAUUUAGGGACAUCUAUUCAAUUUCCGUCAGAUAUAUUAACUUCUCGUUACACCGAACCUUCAGUAUUUCAGAUUGUUUACAUCAGCAAGAUUAUUCAGUAUAACUUUGGCUUCAGUAACCUCCUACCAAAAAAUACGCUCUCGCUUACUACCAGUUUUUACAAGCCAUCGGGAGACUCGGUCACAGUGGAUAACCUUUCCAGUGGGAAUGAAGUGAUAAUGUACAUGUUUAAGAAUAAUGUUACAUCAUAUCCAAUCAAUGACACAGCUUUUCACUACUCAUCAGGAUACGACCCGUUAUUACAUAUGAAUUAUUCGAGCCGAACUCUGAGUCCUGAUGCCAGUUUCGCAGUUAAUGUUAACAUGCCAACAGAAGCAGGUGUGGGAAUUCAUAUUCAACUGCGUGGAAAUUUCACCAGAGCUAGUGCUAAACUGUUUGCAACAUUGUACAAGAAUGAUAUCAAAUUUAGUGAAACUGACAGCAAUACGAAUAAAAGACCGAAAACUAUAGAUAAAGCCAUGAUGGAUGAUCUUAAACACGAUCACACAGCUUACACAUUCUUCAUAUCACCAAGUGAUUACUCAACUGACGAUGCAUUUAAAGUACAUCUUCGAGUCUCGGAAUCAACUCAAGUACUAGUUGGUGUUUAUCUUACAAGAUGUGAAUUCUUUAAUGAAGGUAAUGAAGAGUGGGAUAAUGAAGGUUGCUUGCCACAUCAAGAUUCCAUCGCAACAUGCAUCAAAUGUGCGUGUAAUCACAUGACCUCAUUUGGCGGGAGUUUGUUUGUGUCACCUGACGAGCUAGAUUUCACAGACCUUUCUGAAGUGGACUUUGCCUCAAACCCAGUGGCUAUCAUUACAUGUAGUGUGAUCCUGGGACUGUAUAUAAUCCUGGUAGUAGCCUUCAGGAAACUGGAUCUGAUGGACUUAAAAAGGAUCUCCCUCAUUCCUCUCUGUGGUAAAGAUGGCUCCUUCAAAUAUGAGGUUACCAUAGUAACGGGGCGGUUACCAGGAGCAGGUACAACAGCUCAUGUUGGUAUUCGACUGGUCGGAGAGUACGGAAAAUCAGCCCGUCAACAUGUUAUCAAAUCUGGUGCAUUCAAGCGGAACUGUUCUGACACUUUCAUCAUAGCUUAUGAUGUGAACCUUGGCGAGCUUAAGAAGAUUCAAAUAUGGCACGACAAUAGAGGCUCCUCCCCUUCCUGGUACUUGAGUCAUGUGAUCGUAAACGACCUUCAGACAGAUCAUAAGUUUUACUUUUUUGGGAACACAUGGUUUUCACUUGAACAGGAAAAUGGAACAAUUCAAAAGGAGCUGAAAGUUGCAGGCUCCAAUGACAUGAGUAAAUUUAGCUACCGACUAAAGACAGCCAUGUUUAACUCCCUUGCUGAUAAACAUCUAUGGUUGUCUCUAUUCAACCGUCCCGCUCAGAGUCGGUUCACACGUGUACAACGAGUCACAUGUUGUGUCACAAUACUGUUCACAUUUGUUGUCGUUAACGCCAUGUGGUAUGGUUUACUAAAGAAGGACAACACAGAGCUCGGGUUAGAAGGUUUCGGAUGGGAGGAAGUUGUUCUGGCAAUGGUCAGUAACAUAAUGGUUCUUCCUAUCAGUAUUGGACUGGUGUAUCUCUUCAAGAAAAGUCGAUCAAAGCCUAACUUCUUUGACCAUGUACACAAACCACAGACAGCUCAGACACUUGAGAUAGAAAAUCUGUGUGGGAACUCGCAGAGUGGAUCAUUUGAGAGUACAAACACAGGAGCCAUACCAUAUGACCUUGAAAGGGAGAGUACCAUCGAUUCUGUCCCACAUACAGCUGCAGGACUGCAUCGUUCUCGACACGUGGCGAAGUCUCAGCGAGAAAACACAGACGAUAGCAUCAUUCAAAAACGUCCGUCUGUUGCUGUAACAAAGGCAAGUUCUAAGUCACCAUUGUGGAAUGAAGAUAACAUCAUGAAAUGGCCUGAGUCAGUAAAUUACGAUGAUGGUGCAGAUUCACGUCCAUCUACUGCCUCAACAAUGGCUGCUGGACCGUCUGUACGUCAACCACCAGGAAAAGCUGGGGGGUCCACACCUGGAGCAUCACGGAAGUCGAAGACGUUGAAGAAGGGUGAUGCUGGACAGUUACUGGAUGAACUGGAUAAACUAGAACAUGAUUUGAAGGAGAGUGAAUCUAGAUCAGUUAAAUCGAGUGGCAGUAAGAAAUCAUCAACCACUCUUAGACGGCCAACGAUGCACAAGUCACAGUGGGGCAGUUUAGAAGAUAUUCUACACUCCGAUGAUGAGAGUGUAGCAGAAAGCAGUGCCAAGAUGAGGAAGCGAGGAUCUACAACCAGUCAGAGUACGAUCGGAAAGUUCAAUCCCCGUGCUGAUCCUAGGAUUAGCGGAAAUGGUGGCAUGUGGCCUGAAUCCCGAGAGUCUGUGAUGAGUCGCGAGUCAGGCGGUAGGUCUGGCAGAGGUAUAACUUCAGGACUUCGACCGGGUUAUUACAGUGAGAUGACGAUGGAAUCUAGGGAUAUACCCGUACACAAGGAGAAAUGCUCCCUACCACCAUGGUGUAUCUAUAUAGCAUACACACUUUGUACCCUGCUUGUCAUCUUCUCUUCCAUCAUUGUUAUCUUGUACUGUUUCCGGUUCGGGUACCAGGAGUCUGUGAAGUGGGUCCUGGCAUUGAUUCUCUCCCUUGUUCUGUCCUUCCUUAUCAUUGAGCCACUCAAGGCAUUGUUGAUUGCCGUGUACGUGGUCGCCACAUUUAAGAAAGUAGAGGAGGAUGAGGAUGAAGAUUUUAUUGACAUUGAACCGACCUUCGACAACUCUAACGAAAAAAUAAAGGAUGUGAAAUUCAAACCAAUAUCUGGAUUUGCUUUGCUACAAGCUAAGGAGGAAGGCCGCAAAAUCCACAGAAUGAAUGUUAUGAUUCGACAGUUUAUAGCCUACGUAUUCUACCUAUGGCUGAUCAUGGUGUUGGUGUAUGUGAACUUCCAAUAUGAUACGUAUCUGAUGACAAAACACGUAGAAAAUGACUUUAUUGCACCUACAACCAAUGACCAUCUCAACUUUACCAAUAUAACCACUAUAGACGAAUUUUGGGAGUGGACAGAGACUGUAUUUAUUGAUUCACUGUACAAAGAAAAUAAUACCCAGGAUGAGGAACAUGCGUUCCUUCUUGGAGAAGCCAGAAUGAGGCUUAUAAGGGGAGUUACAGCCAAAUGUGAAGCAGCAAACGCAGCAUCUAACCUCGGAGCCUCGUCUCUCACGGACCGCACUUGUUACGGACAGGGUAAUUAUGAUGAGGAUACUGACGACUAUGCCGAAGGUUGGAACGACAGUAACUCUAACUACUCCUGGAGACAUUACUCUGCUGGCGAGCUCGGAAGCACUCACAAGAUUGGACAUGUAGCUACAUACGGAGGUGGUGGUUACCCACAAGGUCUCGGUACAACGUCUGCUGAGACUGACAGUAUCAUAGCCCAUCUGAAGGACAAAGGAUGGAUAGAUCUUCAAACACGAGCUGUCAUCUUUGAAUUUGCCUUAUACAGUGCUGGCUCAGACAUUACCUCAAUGGUUGCUUUACUGGCCGAGUUCCCGCUCACCGGUGGCGUGAUUACAAGUUACGAGAUACAGAGUCAGAAACUACUCUGGUUCCAGAAAGAUACAGUCGAACCUUUAAUGGUUCUUGAGUGCAUUUUAUUUUUGGUGAUCAUCUACUCUGUCAUUCACUUGGCCUUACAAAUCCGAGAGUGGGGUAAACAAUUCUUCAAGGACAUAUGGAACUGGUAUGAGAUGUUGACCACAUUAAUGGCACUGGUUAGUGUGGGAAUGUAUAUCGGCUGUGUAGUAGAGGCGACAAAUACGUUCAACAGAUUCCUCGACAAUCAGACAGGAUUUACGAAUUACGAGCGUGCUAUGUAUGUACAUGUUGGAAUGAGAUACCUGAAUGCUUGGCUACUCUUCCUUCUAAUGUUCAAGGUUGUAAAGCAGAUGAGAUUUAUCAAGUUUAUGUACGUGUACGAGCGUACAUUAAGCAGUGCCGUCAGUCACCUACUGGGCACCGGUCUCAUCUAUAUCAUACUACUUCUAGUGUACGCCCAGGUUGGAUACCUGAUGUAUGGCCGAUUCGUCUCAGGUUUUGAAUCAGUUGGUCAUUCAAUUACUACACUAAUUGUAAUGAUACGUGGAAGUUUUGAUUUCUGGCCAAUGCUUGACUAUCAACCAGUGUUUAGUCAUUUUUACGUGUACUCGUACUAUACUUUUGCUUAUGGUAUCAUGAUAGCUCUAGUCAUUUCGAUAUUAACGAGCACAUACAAGGUGAUAAAGUCGCAGAUGUACUACAAGGCCACGCUCGAGAUGCAGGACUACGAGAUGGUGGACUUCAUGCUGAAGAGAUUCAAACUUUUGACUGGUUUACAGAAACCUAAACCAGCAUUUCGUCGGGUACGUUUCCCAGGGUUACCAUCAGUGUCUAGUCGAAGUUCAUCCAGUUAUUCUAAUCGUAGUGCAGAACCAUUGCCGAGCGAGGAGAGUGUUACAGGGCCGCAGUAUUCAGAAGUUAAACUGCGUAGCAUGAUGGCCAGACUGGGACCAACAUGGCAAGCUGUACUCAGAAGAAUGGACAAGAUUGUUGCAUUAGAUGAUGAGGAAGAAAGUCUAGUCAAAAAAGCAGAUGAUGAAAUGAAGAAUUUGAAUUGGAAGUGCCGUAUAAAUGAGAUUGAGCGGCAACAUAAAGAACUAUUAAGCUGGCAGAACCAGCCAUCAACUUCUGAUAAACCUCCUCUAGGAGAUUCAAAGCUAAGACAAUCAAUUUUAAAGAGGCCUGGAGCCUCAAAAGACAAUCAGGAUAGAAAGGCACCUGCGACAGUGUCAGGUGCUCAGAUUCGGACUGCAGCCUCGACCCCUGCAGAUGACGGUAAUGGUGCGCAGGGUCGACGGCCGUUAAGUGAUCAAGGUGUUCGUGUAGAGCCAGCCUCGACGUCAAAGAGGCGUGCGUCUUCCAAUGACAAGUCCAAAUUACAAACAUUUUUCAGAAGCAUUAAGCCAUCAAAAUCAGCUUGGAACAAAUGAGCUGCAAAUCACAUUCAUGGUCAGUCUUAACUGUAAUAAAAUAUUAGUGUAAAAAGAUUUAAGGGACAUCACUCUUAUAGUAACUAGAAACAGAGUUGUUGUCCAUAGAAAUGUGAUUUACUAGAAUGCCAAAUAAAGUAAUUCAAUGUCUUUCAUCGACUGUAUGAGGAGGUAUAUGUGAGAAAAAAGACUCGCACUUUUGUGAAACAAGCUAACAUAGUGGACAGCUUCCUGAUAGAUGGUUUAGUUCAUAGUUAUUUAGAAAAACAUUCCAAAGUGCAUGUAAUAUUACACUGUGUCUUAACUUACUGCUGAUACUAUUUUAUAUGUGAUAGAAGUUUAUUUUGUUACUGUCUUGUUAAACCAUUUACAUGUGUAGAAGGAUUCAUAAAAUUCUUUUUGUAUGGCAGUUUAUUGUGAUACUUUUAUGUGCCAAGAUGAUAUGUUGUUAUUUUAUUUUUCUCUCAUGGAUUUUCUCAUGUUUCUUUUUUAUUGUUGUCAAUUUUCAAUUAGUGCUCACUUUUAUUGUUUUACUAUUGUUCAUGUCCCAAUAUAGGCAAUUCUAUGUGUGCAUUUCAUAAGGAUGAGGAGUAGCAGAAAUACCCAAUGGAAUUGUCUGUUACAUCUUGUUACCAUAACAACUUUGUAACAUGCAAUAUCAUUGGCUAAAAUGUUGUGGGGGUAUGUAAUUUGCUAGUCUCAUGAUAACCAUGUAAUAUGAAUUCCAGAAGUGCUAAAUAUAACCAAUAUUAACCAAAUCACCAUUACAGUGUAUGCUAAACUGAAUUAUAAAUUUAAAAUAUUGUCUCCAUAUGUGCUGCCCCCUGGUGCUGUGCUGUAUACUAUUGUUUUAGCUCAUUUUGUAUAUUUUAUAUUAUUUAUUAUUACUGAUAUAUUUUAGUGCCUUGUACAAAAUAUUAUAACAUAUCUGAAACUUCAAGGAAACAUUUUUCGAUGUAUAUCUACAUUAUUUUCCAUACAAAA